AUGGCGGACGAAAUGGAGUUAGAUGAUGAAAUUGAAAACGAAGCUAUAGAACAAGCCCCUGAGGUUAACACACUCUUUAUGCCUGGACAAACCAUCGAUAAUUUAAAAGCACUAGAAGGGACCUUGAAGGUUGUGUUGGGACCCGGAUUGCAAAUACAAGGUUCCAAGGUGGUCGUUACCAAAGUCGGUAUACUUCGUUUCAAGGAACCAAAUGUUUACUGGUUGGAUUCUCAUCAACGGAGGUAUGUUCCUGUUCAGGGGGACCAUGUCCUUGGAGUGUGUUCCAUGAAGGCAGGAGAUGUGUUUCGUGUGGAUAUUGGUAGUAAUGAGCCAGCAGGUCUUUCUUAUUUAGCCUUUGAGGGUGCCACAAAACGAAAUCGACCAGAUGUUAGGGUUGGUGAUCUGUUGUAUGCAAAAGUGCAGACGGCCAACAAAAAUAUGGAAACUGAGUUGGUGUGUGUAAACAAUCAGGAAAAAUCAGCCGGAAUGGGUGUCAUUAGGAAUGGAGGAUUUGUUUUCACCUCUCCUUUGCAUCUUGUUCGAAAACUUCUGAAUCCAGAAUGUGUAUUGCUAAAGACACUAGGUAAAACCCUGAAGUUUGAAGUGGCUAUUGGCAUGAACGGACGUGUGUGGGUGAAGGGCCGGUCGUCUGUUGAUACUAUUGCUGUGGCUAAUGCCAUUAUGUCUGCAGAACAUAUGACAAAUAACCAAAUCAAAGUGAUGUGCCAAAGACUGUCCCAUGUUCUUUCGACUGUGCCAAAGGAGGAUCUUGAACCAGAGGAGGUUGAAAACAUAACAUAA